UCAACGCCUUUCUUCAUCUGCGGGGACACGGGAAGGAUUUUCAUGGCGAACCACCUCUACAGCUACACCUCAAGCACAUACGGUGCCGGAGGUAGUUCCGCGGCCAGUCUAUACAGUUCUAGGUCUAUUGGGGAUUCAUAUCUGUCUGACACUUCAUUGCUAGGUUCUUCGUCGAGGUAUUUGGCCGCGGACUCAUUACCCUCCGCCCUGUCUUCUUCGUCAAUGCUGUACGAUCCAGAUAGCUACUCCACUGGAUUCCCUGGUAUGUCGUCGCACGUCUAUGCCCCCCCUGGUGUGGAUGUUGGGUCCUCAAUGGUCACAUCUGACUCCAUUUACACUGGGCUGAAGCGUAAUACAUCUGAAUCACUCUAUUAUCAGACUCUUUUGGGUAUCCAUAACAAGAUUGGGCAAACUGAAGCUUGGUAUUCGGCAUACCCUUUAGCCAAGCGUUCUAGGUAUGAGAGUACGAGCCAUUUGCCCAUUUACCCCCAGAGGCUUGGAGAGAAGGAUUGUGCCUAUUAUAUGCAAACAAGAACCUGUAAAUUUGGAGAUAGCUGCAAGUUUGACCAUCCUAUUUGGGUUCCAGAAGGGGGAAUCCCAGAUUGGAAAGAGAUUCCACCUGUACCUAGUGAAUCUCUUCCUGAGAGACCGGGGGAACCAGAUUGCCCUUAUUAUCUGAAGACUCAGAAGUGCAAGUUUGGGAUUAGGUGCAAAUUCAACCACCCAAAAGAUAGAAUUGCUGCUCUGGGUGCUACUUUGGAAGCUGAUCCCUCUAUCUUACCUGAGAGGCCAUCAGAGCCGCCAUGUGCUUUCUACAUGAAGACUGGAAAAUGUAAAUUUGGCUCAGCUUGCAAAUUUCACCACCCCAAAGAUGUGCUCAUACAGUUAGCUGGCGGAGAAAACCCAAUGCCUGGAGAUGCAAAACCAGUGCAGCCAACUUCUACUCCAGCAUCGCUGCACAAUUCAAAAGGCCUUCCAAUCAGACCUGGUGAAGAAGAUUGUCCGUUCUACAUUAAAACUGGAAGCUGCAAGUAUGGGGCCACAUGUCGCUACAAUCAUCCAGACAGAUAUGCUGUUGGUGUUGCACCUACUCUUCUAACGUCUCCCUCAACACACUACAAUAUUGGUGUUGUUGCUCCGACAGCAUCCCUGCUGCCAACUUUUGAUCCAAGGCUAACUCAGACCACGCUUGGUUUGGGUGCCGCUAUUUAUCCUCAACGACCUGGGCAGACAGAGUGUGAUUAUUACAUGAAAACUGGUAUAUGCAAGUUUGGAACUACUUGCAAGUUUCACCACCCUGUUGAUCGUUCCACACCAACUGCAUCAGCUACAGAAUCUCAGCAGCAGAAUGUGAAACUGAGUCUUGCUGGCCUGCCAAGAAGAGAGGGUGCUAUAAACUGCCCAUACUAUAUGAAGACCGGGACAUGCAAAUACGGGGCCACCUGCAAGUUUGACCACCCACCGCCUGGAGAGGUUAUGGCUAUGGGGUCAUCACCCAGUGGCGGAGAAGGAAAUGAAAAUGGAGCUGUUUAAACAAUUAUGAGAGGACACAACAACCCCAAAGUACGUUGUUACUUUUCCUUAUGGAACACUGUCUGUAUCAUCUUUUUUUUAAUUUUUGAGCUUGGACUAUGUGCUGUACGAGAUUGUUGGAGGUUUGAUUUGCUUGUUUAGAUGAUAGAGGCUUGUGUGACUGCUGAAGCAUUGCAAUUUGGAAUAUUGAAGCCCUUCCAUUAUUAUUAUUAAUAUUGAAAAGACUUGAGUGUA